AUGGAAAAAAAGGGUGGGGAGAAUGUGCGACGCGCCAAGAGCCAAGAAGGGCCAAGAGCGGACAGUCACCAUGGAACUGACCCACAGAGGCGGUCUUUCCUCAGCGCAAGAAGCUUGGACGAAAGAAGGAGCGGUCGCAGCGCUGGAUCCAACAUCAGCCGCAUCGUGGAGACCUUUCUGUUUUUCUUGCCCGAGGCGGCAGCUGGAGAGAUUGCAUUCUACAAUUUCAAGGCCAGUUGUCGUCGGUCAUGUGGGGGAGUGAUGGAGCUCGAAGGCAAGGUGUAUUGUUGCUUUGUGGGAUUUCAAGGAGGCUGUUUCUGGCGCGGAGUCGGAGGCCUAUCUACUGUUCUUGGCCUCCCUCCAUCAAGCUACAAUCAUCCUUUUGUUUUUCAAGUGUGCUGGGGCCUGGACAUUUGGCGUCGCGACUGGAAGUUUCAUGUGGAAACUCAGGAGCGCCAUGCCACAAUUCGUCCCCCCCCCUUUGUCCACAAGUGA